AUGAGUACGACAAGUGAAAUAUCAAAUUUAGUAGAAGAAAUUAAUUUGAAACCACAAUUAGUUUCCUUUCUAGUUAAUGGUGUUUUAUUCGAAUUAAAUGAAGAACUUAUUCAAAAACGAGCAUCAAAUUCAAUACUUGCACGUGAAGAUCGCCGUGCACAAUUCUAUGAUAUUGAUAAAAAUGUUUAUGUAUUUGAUCAACCAUCUGAUGUAUUUGAAGUUCUUGUUUAUUUUAUUUCUACUGGUCUUUUAUCACGACCAACUAAUAUAAAUAAUCUUAAAUUAUAUUCAUUAUUAUCUUUUUUUGAAAUGGAUAAAACAGUUAUUAAUACUUUUAAAAAAAUGGAACAUCUUGUGUUUGAAAUUAAUUGGGAAAAAACACAAUGGUUUGUAAGAUUUGAAAAAAAAAAUUCUUUUUUAAAUUAAAUCACAAAAUUGACAAACAUAUAAUAAUAAAAUGAGUGUAGGAUUGUUACAUGUUUCGAAAAUCGAGAUGGCCUGUCUAUUAGUCAACGAAGGAUGAUAAAGUUUAUCUACUGAAUUAAUAUUGUAUUUAUAGAAAUAAUAGGCAUCUAUCAAAUGAUAUAACUCCAAAAUCUCGUUUUAACGUUGUAUAAAAUCUAGUCGUUUGACUAUUCCAUACGAAAGAGUUGAAAAUAUCACAACAAAAGUCACAAAAUAAAACUUAUAAACUUUAGCGCUAGUUUAUUUAUAAGGACACAGUAUUUUCUGUUGAGAUAUAUACUGUCAUCUUAGAACAUGCACUGAAACUGAACUUCUCGAGUUUCAACAUAUGCAUAGCUAUCUUUAAGAUAUCGAUACCAGUAUUUACUAAAGCACUGGCACGCACACUGCUACCAAAAAGGGUAUAUUUUGAUAGAAUUUGUGUCUCGAGGCUACAGCGAAUACGAAUAUUAGUACCUCAGUAGAUCUAGUGUAAGUGAGUGACUGUCAAUAUUUACACCAGCACUGCAGAUCUUUAGAACUUCCCAAUUUCUUGAAUAUAUAACACAAUUUAUUAAACUUAACUAUCAUAUGUAUUUAUAGGAUCCCUCAUACUAACUGGGAAUAAAUUUUCGAUGACAUUUUUCAUACAUUUUCUUGACGUAGAAGGCUAAAAAUUUUUUAUUCCAUAUAUGUAUAUGUCUACUCAAGAUCUUUAGUUUUUCAAAGUUUCAGUUCUCUAGCUAAAACUAAUGUUGAAAUGCAUGGAAAAGAUUAAAAUACAUAAAUUUUCAUACUUGAUUUUUCUGACAUUUUUAUUUCUUGACUAGAAUUAUUUAUAAAUAUCUAAUGGAAAGAAACUUUAUAAGACAAACUUUUUCAAAAACAUAAAUUAUAAUAAAAUCAAAUGUGUAUGAACAUACUCUCGAUUGUUUCCUAUGAUCAAUUGUAAUUGAUCAAAUAUCUUGUCUAUCAAUUUUACACAUUUUUCUUCCGAGCAUUCUCUUCAUUUUUCUAUAUUUUCUUUUCCUAAUAAAUAGAAAGUAUUUACAAUCUUUUCUGUUUUCAUAACUGGUGAACAUUUAAAAUAAAAUUUGUAAUUAAAUCUAAAAGAUUUUAUAUAUAAAUGCUAAAGAUGUUUGAGAAGCUACUAUAAUGACAAGACUUAAUUUUUAGAUAGCAAACAAAAAGGUUAUAUUGUUCAAAAAAACAUCAAACAAUAUCUUGAGAGGAAAAACAACAUCAAUAUUGCAUUAGUUCUCCUUUCUGUUUGAU